AUGAACUCGGAACGUCAAACUGCGCGCUUAAAGCGCCGUGCUGAGCGUCUCGGUCCACCCUCUCGUAGCUCAAUCGGCCAAACUAGCGGCACAAGUAGCAAACUCGUCCAUGAUGUUUCCAUCAAUACCAUCUCUUCCGCUCAUUCUUCUAUUCUCUCCAGCAACGUCAAUUGCCAACGACCGUCACCCAAUCAAACGUCUCUAUUCACUUCCAUGACUUCGGAUCAAAGCUCAAGCUUCAAGACACCACGAGAUAUUCAUGUGCUUGUGGAAAAGCUAUUGGCUAAAAUACACGGCGCUUCGUCUGCUGGGACUACACGUCGUACGGUCGUUCGGCUGCAAGAUGCGAUAUCUAUCGCUCCAGAGACAGACGCCUUUGCUGUACUUGAAAAGAUCAAGCGGAAGAUCACGACGGACUCGCAACAAUUCUAUGACAAUUCUCACGAGACGAUGACGAGAUUAAACGAGGUCUAUUCUCGCUUUGUCAAGUUUAAAAAUCUGGACAAAAAGACAGAGGCGCUCUUGUUGAUGUAUGGCUUAAUGGAUUCUGCUCCAUCGCUGCAGUACAGAAAGAACGUCGAGCAGUGCCCAGACUAUGCAGUGGACAAAACAACAGGGUCGAUUUCUUGUCGGAGUAGAUCGGGAUCGGAAAGUUUAAUCGACCAGGGACAACGCCAUCGGUUUCAGUCAAUGCCGGCAACGUCCUUGAAUUUUCCAGGACUAAAUGCCACACCUGUAUCCUCAAUAAGGCAAUCAGAUACUGACCUAGAGUCGCUGGAAGACUCGUUCAAAGUGGCAGUCGGGAUUGUUCCAACUCACAAUAUAAAAAGAGGGAAAGGCAACAGCCCUCGUACGCAUUCUAUAGCACAUACGGGUACAGCUGUGUCAGGUGAUAUGAGUCUUCCCAGCAACACGGCAAAACGCUCAUCGUUUAACGUACCCGAGGAAGUUAUUCUGCGCGAUGUCAUAUACGCUUUGCAAGGAAUCGAAUCGCGCUACCUGUACUUUGACGACGCAGCUGACCGUUUUCAGAUUACGAAAAGCGUGGGUGUUCCAAAACCCAUGCGCAAACUAAUUCGCAUGCUGUGCGACCUAGGUUGGCUGUACCGCAAAGUUUCAGAGUACAUCAAGCAACAUCGCGAAGAGCUGGCCUUUGGCUUGGUGGGUCAAAGCUUUUGUCAUGUGCUAAACACCGAGCUGGUCGCUUAUUAUCGCCUAAUUGCCAUUCUGGCAGCUCAAAUCGACGAAGAUGCGGAAACUAGAAGGCCAAGUGAACGAGUGACAAGCAGCCUAACCUUGCGAACGCUGAUCGUGUGGACACAGGAUCCACUUGACAAGAUGCGAUUAAUGGCUCGUCUUAUCGACAGUGUCGAAGGACUUCGAGGUGGUGCACUUGCGUCCGGCAUUCACUCGCAUGUAUUACACGGUGAUCCAGAUGUGUCAGAAUCUGUUCAAGCUGUGCUUAGACAAAUAGCUGCUCCGAUUGUUCGAAUGAUUAAGCGCUGGGUUUUUGAAGGAGAGUUGGAAGACGUGCAUGGUGAGUUUUUUGUGGUGGCAGACCCAACUGUGAGUGACGACCAAUUCUGGGCAAAGAAAUACACCGUUAACUCGAAAAUGCUACCAACAUUCAUCUCGAUUGAACUCGCGAAAAGAAUUUUGGUCAUUGGAAAAAGUAUCAACUUUAUUCGUCAAUGCUGUGGAAAUGCUGAUUGGGUCAUGGACGCUGCACAAGAGACUGCUGUGAAUCGAAUGGAAAGUGACGGUGAAGGAUUUAAUUUUGCGGAGCUGAAGUGCCUUGAAAAAGUGAUUGGGAAUGUAUCAAACUCUACAAAUGAGUAUCUGAUUCGCACACUGAUGGAAAAAUACCGACUUCUCGAUCAUUGCCAAGCACUUAAGCGCUAUUUGUUGCUAGGGCAGGGUGACUUUAUUCAAUAUCUGAUGGACCUUCUAGGUCCUGAGUUAUCGAAACGAGGCUCACAAGUGUAUCGCCAUACGCUUACAAACGUGCUGGAGACAGCACUAAACGCUUCCAAUGCGAAGUUUGAGUCGGCGGAUAUCCUAGGGCGCCUAGAUGUUGAGCUGUUGCAAGGAUCCUCGGGCGAUACCGGAUGGGAUAUUUUUUGCUUGCACUACAACUUGCAAGCACCCGUGAACAGUGUCAUUCCCGCAUCUUCGAUGCUCCAGUACCAGCAAAUCUUUGACUUUUUAUGGCGAAUGAAGCGCGUAGAGCACUCGCUGUCUGCGUCAUGGACAAAGGAUAUGAAUCUUGGACAUGAGGUUCAGGGAUGUGUGCCAGGAAUUAAACCGGUCUUGCAUAGGAGUCAGCUUGUACGGUCUGAGAUGAUCCACUUUAUAACCAACCUCCUCAACUACAUCAUGUUUGAGGUUUUAGAAACAGCGUGGCAUAAACUAGUGAAGGAUUUAAAUGCUGCAAAGGACUUGGACGGACUCAUUGAAAGCCAUGCAGCAUACAUUAUCUCCAUCAAAAGAAAUGGUUUCCUGAUGAAAGAGUCAAGAGAAAUUUUGACACAGCUAAAGCUCAUCUUCGCAACAAUCAUCAGGUUUUGCAAGGCGCAGAAGAAUUUAUAUACGACUGCGAUGCACGAGAAACACGUAGAAGAGAGACGUCAAGAAGUUAUGCAGCACCAGGAGCUAGAUUGUUCAUGGGGAAUACAAGAAGAAGAAGUCUAUGAUAAGCGAAAAGAUCGAGAUGCAUUUGGUUCCAACUCGAAAAUCUUUCGUCAGAUUGAAGAAAUGUCAGAUGAAUUCAGCCAUCAGUUUUUGAAACUUCUUGACAUUGUCAAGCACAAUUCAAUGCGUGGAUCCCAAAGCCUAUCGUUUCUCAUGUCUCGCUUCGAUUUCAACGAAUUUUAUGCCAAGAAGAUUGCUCCUCCAAUGGAUACAGCAGAAAAGUAG